UUCAGAUUCUGUACCUGCCCAUCCUACACUGUGGUAUUGGAAGUAUUUCCUCCCUCUAUCCUGAAGGAAGGCAGAUGGCUUUCAUCUGAUCAUGAGAAGAGCAGCAGGACACAGAGCUCCAGGAACUGUAUCGUCUGUGAUCCGACAUCUGUGACCACCGCACGCUGCUGUAAGAAAGAACCAUUGCUGUAGAAGUCCGAACAUCACCAUGAAUGACUCCGAUUCCAGUCUGAAUGAUUCAGACCCCUUCUCCUGCUAUCAUCCAUCAGUUGUGAAUUAUCGUUACGUUGCUGUGAUAUGGGGAAUCAUUGUGUCUUUGGUGGGGACAUCUGGCAAUGUGUUAACAGUCAUUGCCUUUGCACUGGAUAAAAAGCUGCAGACCCGUUUCAAUCUACUCAUUAUCAAUCUAUCCCUGGCGGACAUCUUGUACUGUAUGUUCUUACAGCCCUUCUCUGUAGACUCAUACUUACACCUGUACUGGAGGAGCGGCGCCGACUUCUGCAGGGUCUUCGGCAUGCUAUUGUUUGUUUCCAAUUCUGUAUCCAUUAUUAAUCUGUGUCUCAUUGCCGUCAGCCGUUACAUUCUCAUCACCAACAAUAAACUUUUUGAUCGUAUUUUUUGCAAUCUGGGGGCUACCUUCAUUCUCCUAGCCACCUGGGUGGCUGGAUUUGCCAGCUUUGCACCACUUUGGCCAGUCUAUGUAUUAGUUCCUAAAGUUUGUACCUGCAGCUUUCAUCGUAUAAAAGGACGACCUUACACCACAAUUCUAAUGGGCUUUUACUUCGUGGUGGGCCUAAGCUGUGUUGGCAUCUUCUAUUUGCUCAUCCAUCUCAAAGUUAAAUCUGCUUCCAAAGCUUUAGACCAGUAUAGACUUUCCAAAUCUAAAGACAAAAAGACAAAUGCUUCCAGUAGUAAUUCUGGCAUACAAGCUAAAUUUCAUGAGGUGGAAGACAGCGGUGUAGACACAGCAGCCUCCAGUGAGAUCAUCUCAGAACAUAUUACUACUUCCAAAGAUACUGGGACCUCUAGUUCUACAGAUCACAUUAGAUCGGCGCCUGCCACAGUUUCCCAACCAAAGGACUCUGGUUCGGAUUUCAAAAAGGUCACUCGCAUGUGCUUUGUGGUUUUUCUCUUCUUUGUGAUCAGCUAUAUUCCCUUUUUACUGCUCAAUAUUUUUGAUGCCAAAAAUGCGGCACCCCAUGUUCUUCACAUGAUCGCGGCCAAUCUCACCUGGCUGAACAGUUGCAUCAAUCCCAUACUGUACGCAGCCAUGAACCGUCAGUUCCGCGACGCUUAUAAAAGAGUUCUCUAUUUAAUCCUUAACAAAUUCAGAAGAACAUAAGGCGUUUAGUACCUGGACACUGUGACUGGACACUGAAAUCUUUUAUACUCAAGCAGACCUCACUCAUGAACUUUUUAUAUUUCUUUGUAAACUAUUAAAAGCACUUACAGUAUACUGAAGUAUUUCUGGAUAAAUUAAAGAUGUAAAGAAAACCAUGGAAGGACAUUGUUUUCUUUACAUUUUCUCUCAAGAAAGCUAAAAAAAAUGCAUUCAUUUCCUAGGUUUUAUUAAAAAAAGAAAAUGUUACACUAGAAAUCUAACUGGGAACCUGAUGUUUGUUGUCAUGCACAUGCACCUGUUUGUAUAUAAUAUAUUUAUAAAGCUGUAAAAUGUAAAGUGAUAAUAAAUAUUUAUA